GUGCAUAAUUGCACAAAUAUAGAUAUCGAGGGAGCGGAGAGGCAGCCGACUAUGGUCAUUACUACGUUGACGAUUCGGUCUCGUCAGAGCUAAAUUGACCCCUCCUAGCACUUGGCAGCCCCACUCCAGGCAUUGGCAGUUUCCCUUGCUUUCCAAUGGCCGACGGAUGUGAGUAGCGCUCAGACCUCCCCCUCAAUUCCCUGCCCUCGCGCCCCCUGAGUGUCGCACCUCAUGACUACAGCCGGAAUGGUGUUUCAUCCUGGGAUUUGCAUGUUCGCAUACGCUUCAUGGAGUGGCAGACACACAAACCACAUGAUACUGACCUGUAUGUGCUCGCAUCCUCCAUUUUUCUUAUCUAUUGUCGGAAUGGACGUAGUCCGGUCGAAGCCGCCAUUUAGGAUCAAGGAGGAGGGGUGGGGGCAGUUUGACCUGAAAAUUGUCGUGCACUUUUUCCACUGCUCCGAUACAGUCACAAUCGACCACUAUCUGACGUUUCCCGAAGAAGGAUCCGACUACCAAGUGUACCCAUUUGUAAGUAUCUCAAACAUGCUGAACAGUGCAACUCUGGGUCCGCUGACCGGCUGGCGGAGCGAAUCUGCGCAUUUUUCCCGCUGCAAUAUUACGCCCAGAGUGGGUGUAUGGGGGCUUUUGGCCCCAGGAUUCGCACCAACUGCGCAUCCUGUUUAUCGUGCAUAUUAUUCGCCGUGCAGCUUAUCGAUGCCCUCCUGUGGCCUUAAUUGCACCUAUAUUAGAAAAUACCGAAUCCAACACCGGGAUUCCUGUCGCUGUACAAUAAGAACACCACAACCGUAUCGCGCAAGACGAUUCCAGCACGUGCAACAAAGGCGCGCAAGGGCCUGCCACGGGACUCGGCUCACUCUGGACACCGCCGGUCGCCAUACGACUCAGACUCGGGCAGCUCGGGCGGAUCCAGCGAUUCAGACAACACCGACACUGGCGGGAGCAACGGACACGCAGUCCGCAGCGGACGCGUCUCCAGCCGGCCCCGGUCGGCCAAGGAGCCGCGCACAUCGAAGGAGCCGCCACGGCCCAGCACAUCAAUUAAGCAUGGGCCAGCGCAGCCAGCCGACUGGGAGCAGCGGCGCAAGGGCGGCAACUCGCGCACAACGCCAGGGUCCGAGCACAUGUCGUCGCCGCAGUCUCCAGCCGACCACUACCAAAAGGCAAGCCGCCCAUCGUCUCGCGGGACACAGGCCAGACGGACACGUGACGAGAGCCUGCCGCGCUCCCGCCCGCCUGCGGGAGUCGAAACUGGUGCGCAGGCCAGAAGAAUCAACGGCCAGAGUGCAACACCGCAACGCCCACGUGCACCGGCCGACAUCGGCAGCUCUCCUAACCGCCCCGAGCGUAUGCUGGCCGGGGCAAAGCGCAGGCUCAGCGAUGCUCCCGACAGUGGUGAGCGCCCGGCUGUGCGUCGUCGCACCGUGGAUCCGGCUCGCACUCCCUCAUCGUCGCCGCCAUCAGCCGGCUCACGUGCAUCGCAUAAACGCGGCGACUCUGGCAUCCGGCCCAUCAAGCGGUCGCUGGCAGGCGCCAUUGCAGAGGUCCGUGUGCCAAAGAAGCGCCCGAUCAAGGCAGCGGAGGAGGAGGAUGAGCCGCCCAAGAACACCAGCAUCGCAGAUGUGCGUGUGCCCAAGAAACGAGCAAUCAAGAUCCUGUCAGACGAGGACAAGUCGCCCAAGAAUGGCACCCUGCCGCAGCAGUCGCCACGCAAACCCCCAACUGCCACGCGUCGUGUGAUCCGCGAUGAGGAUCUGCGCGAGUCGUCUCAGACGGCGUCUGGCCGCGAGGCAUUUAUCCGCGAACGCGAGCGUCAGCGCCAGGCGCUGCAGCAGGCAGCCCAGACGCCCGCCAAGUCUGCCGCCGGGCCAUCAGGGAUCCGUCCUGUAAAGCAGAGCGGCAGCUCAGGGCGUGAUUGCGCGGUCGCAGCGCCCGGCAGCUAACGGCACUGCUGGCUCCAAGGCCAAGC